GUUCUCUUGUGCCCUUUUCAUCUCUAACCACCAGUCUUUCGUUAAACAUUUCCUGUCAUUCUUUCUCAACCAUGCGUUCGUUUUCUACUCUUUUGGCUUUCGCUGUCGCUCUACCUGCGCUGGUCGCAGGUGAGCUUUCCGGCAAAGUCGGUCCUACCACUUCCCACGCCACCAAGGCUGCAAAGAAGACUUGCGAUAUCACCAAGUAUGGUGCUGUUGCUGACGGCAAGACUGAUAUCAGUAUUGCUCUGAACAGCGCUUUCACUGCUUGCAAGGCUGGUGGUGUAGUUGUUAUCCCCUCUGGCAACUUUGCCAUGAGCAAGUGGGUCAAGCUUGCUAAUGGCAAUAACUGGGCUCUGCAACUUGAUGGUAUCAUCACUCGCACUGGCACUGAUGCCGGUAACAUGAUUAUGAUUGAGCAUAGUGAUAACUUCGAGAUGUUCUCGUCUACUGGAAAGGGUGCCAUUCAAGGUAAUGGCUACCAGAUCCACAAGACCGGCAGUACAUCUGGUCCCCGCCUGCUGCGUGUUUGGGACAUUACCAACUGGUCUGUUCACGACAUUACCCUGGUCGACUCUCCUUCCUUCCACUUCUCCAUCGACACCUGCACGAACGGUGAAGUUUACAACAUGGCUAUUCGUGGUGGUAACGAGGGCGGUCUCGACGGCAUCGACGUCUGGAGCAACAACAUCUGGAUUCACGAUGUCAUGGUCACCAACAAAGAUGAGUGUGUCACCGUCAAAUCACCCUCCAAGAACAUUCUUGUCGAGAACGUCUACUGCAACUGGUCAGGCGGUUGUGGCAUGGGUUCUUUCGGCACUGAUACUGCUGUCUCUGACAUCACAUACAAGAAUAUUUACACCUGGUCCAGCAACCAAAUGUUCAUGCUCAAAUCCAACGGCGGUUCGGGCACAGUAUCCAACGUCGUCCUCGAGAACUUCAUUGGGCAUGGCAAUGCGUACAGCCUAACGUUAGACGAGGCAUGGAGCUCAAUGAAGACAAUUGCCGGCAAUGGUGUCCAACUUUCCAAUUUCAAAAUUUCAAACUGGACCGGCACCGAACUCAAAGGCACCGCCCGCGGUCCCAUCAAAGUCGCCUGCGCAGCCAACGCUCCCUGCCACGACAUUUCCAUCACUGACUUCGCCAUGUGGACCGAGCAAGGCAGCUCUCAAUUCUACUCUUGCGAAAACGCAUAUGGAAGUGGAUUCUGCUUGAAGUCUGGAACCAGCUACAAGUCUUAUGCUGCUACUACCCAGUGGGUCAGCAGUGCUCCUACUGGAUAUGCUGCACCUACUAUGGCUGCGGAUUUGAAGACGGCCUUUGGUACUACGCAGAGUAUCCCGAUUCCUACUAUGCCUGCCAGCUUUUUCCCUGGUGUGCAGCCUUAUACUAAGUUGGCUGGUAGCAAGUAAGUGCGAUGAUGGCUCAUAGGGACUCUGGAAACAACGGGUGAUUGGAGGGAACGUAGUCUUCUAUUC